AUGAAGUUCUUCUACCCUCUCGCUCUGGCCCUCGCUACCGUUGUUGCCGCCGCCGAUGAUGACUGCGAUGCCGCUCCCAUCGUCGAGGCCUGCCUGACCAGCGAGAACGCAAAGGUCAAGGACUGCAACGCCACCGACUACGACUGCCUCUGCGCCGCCUACCAGGCCGUCGCCACCUGCUACAACAACUGCCCCAAGGACUCCCGCGCCGCGCCCGCUCAGGGCCAGGUGACAAUCUACUGCCAGCAGGCCUCUCUCUACGGCUCCGCCGCCAUGCGCAAGACCCAGUCCGUCGUCUCGGCCACCGGUUCCGCCUCCGCCGCCGUCGCCUCCAACUCGGCCUCCGCGACCGCCGCCGCCACCGGCACCGGCGCCUCUGGCAGCUCCGCCUCGGCCACCGCUUCGGCCAGCUCCAGCUCCAGCUCCGCCAACAUUGGUGUCGGCCAGCUCGCCCGCAACACUGGCGGCGUCCUCCUCGCCGUCGCUGGUGUCGUUGCCGCCGUCCUUUAA